AUGGAUGAUAUGGAUUCGCUGUCUGAAACUGAGAUUGGAGAGCUGCGAGCCGCUGACAACCAAUAUGUGCUCUUGCUCAUUGACGUACACACGCACAUGUUCUCCGAGUUCCUCAUGUACAGAGGCUCUCAAAUGGUCGGCCGAAAAGAUAUGAGGGGCCGUCUCCAUGACGCAGUCAAGCACCACACGGACAAGCUCGACCCCUCGGUGAGCGCAACCUGCCGUGUUGUUGUUCGCGGCUACUACGACAUCGAAGCUCUGGCUGAACCGAUGCGCGACCGUGUUCCAAGGUUCGCUGCUACCCUCUCUGCGAUGGACCCGUACUUCGACUUCACAUACGUGCUUGGCGAGGCGGCCGUGGAGCAGAAGAUCGUUGAUCUUUACUCCGCAGUAACGAAAGAUGAGAACUGCAAACACAUCCUCCUCGCAGCCUGGGGACGCCCUUCCUACCUGCGCAUGCUGCAGGUCCCGAACAGUAAAGCAACGAUCGUGGAAGGCAGCUCGAUGAAGCUCGGCAUACAAGUUCUCCCGUUGCGUCUACCGAUUGUUGAGUUGCCGCUUCUCUUCCACGUUGAAACAACAGAGCACCGAGUUGUUCUUCCGGAGUCAUCGAAAAGCUUCCAGCAGCAUGCAUUGUAUCGACUGUUGUAUGCACAGAAGGCUUGUGCAAUUGGCGAAUGCGGACACGCCCACACCACUGUCCAGGCUGCAGCCACAGCUAUGAAAAGCAACGCGAAUGAUCAAGUUCGGCUCAAAGGCCCGCUCCCGGAUCCAAAGACGGCCAUUCGAGGCCACGUUCCUGUCAACAAACGCGGCGAGCGAUUGGACCUCUACUUCCCACUGCCUAAGAACGCACUUCGUCGUGGAUUCGACUUGCGAUUUCCUCCUGGCACCAAGCAGCCGUGCAACUGGCAUCAUCUCUCCAACAACUGCGGGAACACCCCCACCUGCCCAUACGACCAUUCAGACGUGACGAAGGAGGUUCUGGUCUAUAUGCGCUUCCGGACGACUCUGAUUCCUUGCACGGAUGGAUCUCAGUGUCGCCGUCUGGACUGCUUUUACGGUCAUGUAAACCCAAAGGUUGCGCAAUGGGUGGAGGGGACGUGGACGUACCGCAAGCUGGUGUAG